GGGAGAAAGCAGGGCAAUGCUGUUCGAUUGGACAUUGUCUGAGUUGGGUGUUCCAGAUAAAGGUAAAGUUUGUGUACAAUGUACAAAUUGUGAGGCAAGCAUCAAAUGUGAAGACUGUUUUGCAUUUUUGUGUCACAUUUGUGACCAAAUGUAACAUUUUUUCAUGCCUUUCCACCACAGAUUAUAUUGGAAAAAUGGCUUUUAUGAGCCAUUAGACCUGACACAAACUGUGUGCCCUGAAGGAAAUAUCUUUCACUGGAAACCUGUUGUACCAGCCCAACCACCAAAUUCUUGCCCCAACUGCACAGAUUGCAAGUUUAAAAUUUCAAGCUCCAGCAAUCUCUGCAUCUUCAUCACUAUAAUGGGAAGGUAUGACCUCUAUACUCCAAUCUAUACAUGCCACUGUGGAUAUGAGCAUCAACAACUAGGCAAGACCAUGCACAAGUCUGGUUUCUAUUCAUCAUUAGGAAAGAGCAGCACAUUCUACAGCACCAGUCUGCUUGAAUCAUGGCACCAUAUAAAAAGAAAUUGUCCCGGAACAUCAUUUCGGGCAUUAGUCACUGCACUGGAAUCCUUUGGUGCUUCUCGUGGGCGUAUUGGACCCAUUAAUUAUAUAACUUCGAAGAGAGUGUUCUUCGAAUGGCGAUUCCAGCAAUAUGAGCUGAGAAAAAUUAGAGGAGAAGCUGACAAUGAGUGUCCUGCUUGUGAUAAAACGCCUUUAGCAGUACAUAUUGAUGGCAACAAGAAGCUGUAUCGCUACAACAAAGUUGGGAGAGGUAUCAGAAACCCCUAUUAUUCUGAUAGUAUCUUCAGCAAAGAUGAAGAUGUUCAAGCUCAUGUUGGCACUAUUCAGAGCUUGAAAACUAAGGUGAGUUUUAUUAUAUAUUGAGAAACCUUCAAUUUUACCUAAUAACUGUUUGGCGACU